AAUUAAUAUGGACCCCGUUGAUGAAGGACUAACAGCAUCGAUCUUCAACCAAAUAAACCCCGGCCUCCUCGCCCUCUGGUUUGAAAACUAGCGCGUCCCCCGGACCUCUUCUCCCACGGGCCACGGCCUGCUCCUAUUCGCACCGCUGCUGCACACAUCGCUGUUCAUAUCAAAUCCGACAUCAAUGGUGAAGGGGCUACCCUUCAGCUCCCUGUUCUACACCACUAACUCGGCCCAGGACACGCCGCCGCCGUCACCACCACCAGCCGCCCCACCGGCAUGGAUGUGGCCCUCCUGCAAGCACCCAAGAACCCAGUCCUUCCGGACCCCGUCCGCCGCCGCCAAGACCAUCGCGUCCCUCUUCCUGGACUCCGGCGAGUCGUCCUUCGCCAACUCCUCCGCGCGCACGACGCACCGCGUCGUCUGCGCGUCCGACGACAGCCCGUCCACCGAGUCCGAGCCCUCCGCGGCCGACGACAUGGCCGACGCUAUCGUCCGCGGCCUUCGCUCCGACGACCGCCUCCUCUUCGAGCCGCAGGCGCCCUCAAGCUCCAUCCUCGAGAGGAAGCCGCCCGGUCCCGCCACGCGUCGGGCCACCGCUGCCGCCGGCCACGCCGAGGACGCGUCGUCCUCGUCCUUCGGCGACGGCGUGGCCGUGGCGUUCGACUCCGCCGACCCGUACCGCGACUUCCGGGCGUCCAUGGAGGAGAUGGUGUCCGCGCACGGCGUGGGCGACUGGGAGUGGCUGGAGAGGAUGCUGGCGUGGUACCUCGGCGCCAACGGCAGGGACACCCACCCCGCCAUCGUCACCGCGUUCGUCGACCUCGUCGUCUCCAUGGCGGCCUCCGCCUCCGCCUGCACUUGCAGCUCGUCCUCCCGCGUAUCUUCCUUCACGCUCGCCCGUAGCGAGCCGGGCGAGAGCAGCAGCGCCGGCGGCGGCCAUUUCUCCUUCGGCCUCAGGUAAAUCAGACCAGCCGCCGGCCGCCUCGGCCGGCCUCAUCAUCGCAGCAGAUUUUCGUCAUCAUGCAUGUACUCAUGUGCCAGCAAACGUGUCUGUGCGUGUGCGAGUUAAUUUUCUUUUCUUUUCUUUUCUUUUAUGUGUGUGAGAGAAGUGUAGUGGUAGCUGAUCCAGAUUGAUGGAAGUUAACUGUCAUAUUAGCCCAUGAUUAAGGGAGUGUCACCUGAUAAACUUUA